AUGUUCACGGUUCGAGUACUGAAAGUACCUCUCUCUACCAAAUUACCCCCGGAACUUGCCGAGUCCAGCCUGGAAUCUGUGCGUGAUGCGGCUACCGUGUUGCAGGGUCGACUGUCUGGCUUGAUCGAAAAUCAUCAACAAAUUUCUGUCACAUUGGCUGAAGCCAAUCUUUCCAAUCAGCAGCUCCAUGACGCUAUUUCUCCUCAUUUGGAAAACCUCCGUAAACUAACUCAGCCGAUAGAGCAACUUGAAACUGAUUUCCCCAGCAUCCAGGAGCUGAUCUCGGGUAAAGCUAAUGUCUUUUUACCAACAUUAUUAUUUUUCUCACUUAUAAUCCUGUUUUUCACAUUAUUAUACACAUAUAUUUUUAUGUAA